CACUGACGUCACUUCCGUAUGGCUGAAUGAAGCUGGGGCCAUUCUCUUUAGUGUUUGCCCUGUCCCCCCAUCUCUACCUCCCCACACGCCGCAUUUUGAUUUAAAAACAACAUAAAUGCAACCUUGAAAGUACCAUUCAUAAAUCCAAACGACACAAAGCCGACGUGUCCUAUGGAAUAGCUACAAAAACUGACUGAAGGAAAAAAGCAAUCAAGACUUCACUGCCAUUGCUACUUUCACGACACAAAGUUGUGAUCAAAGCUGUCAGUGAUCAGGUCAGAGCGGCGAGAAUGUCCCAGCUCCAGUGUCCGGCCAGUCCCAUGCCCGCCGCCCCUCCUCCGCUGCAGGUGGGCCAGCCUCAGCCGGGCUACAGCAUUCCCUGUGCCACCAGCACACUGGCAUCAGAGAGCGCCAGCCAGCCCGUCAGGAGCUCUGCUCUUCCUGCGGGCUCAGCCACGCCCUACAAUACCAUCACAGUAUCUAACAUGGCAAACCCCAAAGAGAAGACCCCCAUGUGUUUGGUGAAUGAGUUAGCCCGUUUCAACAAGCUCCAGCCUGAAUAUAAGCUACUGAGUGAGCAAGGACCAGCUCACUCCAAAAUCUUCUCAGUGAGGCUCACACUGGGAGAGCAGCACUGGGAUGCAGAGGGGACCAGCAUCAAGAAAGCCCAGCAUUCCGCUGCUGAAUCUGCCCUGGCUGAGACCGUGCUUCCCAAGCCCACCAUAAGGACCCCACGCCACACAGGCAAGAACCCAGUUGAUGGCCUAAUGCAAAUCAUGGAGUUAAACGCAUUAUGUUCCAAACUUAGUAAAAAGCCUAUAUAUAAACCUUUGGACCCCUACCCGGGGAUGAGACCACCAAACAUGAAUUACAGCGGCCGUAUUCCGCCGCCCUAUCAGCGCUCUAUGCAACAAUACUACUACCCGUUUGCCCCCAUGGGACCAAUGAUGUACCACACGGAACUUUGCAUCGGAGGCCAGCAGUUUAUAGGGAAAGGACGCACAAGGCAGCUCGCCAAGCAGGACGCCGCCGUCAAAGCCCUAAAAGUGCUGCAGAAGGAGCCAAUAUUGCAGCAAUUACCAGUGAUGAACGGCGAGCCCGAGGAAGAGAACCUCAACAAGUCGGAAAUCAGCCAAGUGUUUGAAAUUGCACUGAAACGCAACUUAGCUGUAAACUUUGAGGUGUUGAAAGAAGACGGUCCCCCGCAUCUGAAGAGCUUUGUUGUGCGCGUCACAGUGGGAGAGUUCUCCGGAGAGGGGGAAGGAAAGAGUAAAAAGAUUGCCAAGAAGUUGGCAGCUGGUGCCGUGCUGAGGGACUUGAAGAGGCUACCUCAUAUACCGAGCGUGGAGAAGACGCUGCCACGCAUCAAGAAGAAAACUAAAUCCAUCAUAAAGCUGCAGACCAGUCCAGAAUACGGCCAGGGAAUGAAUCCCAUCAGCCGUUUGGCUCAGAUCCAGCAGGCCAAGAAGGAGAAGGAGCCUGAGUACAGCAUGGUGACGGAGAGAGGCCUGCCGCGCCGUCGGGAGUUUGUCAUGCAGGUGUCCGUGUGCGGCCAGGCUGCAGAGGGCAUGGGGCCUAGCAAGAAGGUGGCCAAAAGGAACGCAGCGGAGAAAAUGUUGGAGCUUCUGGGAUAUAAAGUGCCUCAACCCCAACCUCCCAAACCAGCACUUAAAACUGAAGAGAGGACCCCAGUAAAAAAGCCAGGUGAUGGACGCAAAGUGACCUUCUUUGAACCAAGCUCUGUAGAGGACGUCCCACUGGGUUCCAAAGAGGAAGAGUUCCGCCUGCCUUACUUGAGCCACCAGCAGCUGCCGGCUGGCAUCCUGCCCAUGGUGCCCGAGGUGGCUCAAGCGGUCGGCGCCUGCCAAAGCAGCCUAGCUAAGGACUUCAGUCAAGCAACAGCCAACCCCGGCAAGGCCACCGUCACUGCCGCCAUUGCCAGAGAGCUGCUGUAUGCAGGAACGUCCCAGACUGCUGAGACCAUCCUAAAGAAUACCAAUAUCCUGACCCAGCCGCCGCUCGGGCCCCUCACCAGGCCCUCGGAACAACUGGGCUACCUUGCGUCGGUGCAGGGCCUGCAGGUGGAAUACAAAGAUUUCCCCAAAAACAAUAAGAACGAGUUUGUUUCGCUGAUUAACUGCUCCUCCCAGCCACCCCUCAUCAGCCACGGAAUGGGAAAAGAUGUAGAAUCCUGUCAUGAUACGGCUGCGCUGAAUAUUCUGAAAUUGCUCUCUGAGUUGGACCAGCAGUCAAAUGAGCGAACAGGAAAUGGACCAGCCUCUGGAUGUGCCAAGCAGGAGAUGGAGGGCGACCCGCAUCUCAAACAGGCUAACUCAAGCACACUGGCCCCGCCCCUGGACGACAGCGUUUAGAGCGUCAGGUUGGCUUGACUGAAAACUUCAAGACACUGUUCUUUGUUGCUUUUAAAAUGGCCGCUGUACGCACCAUCACGUACAUCGUUAUUCACACUUAAACAAGAUCGAUGGAACACUGACUUCCCUCUUUUGAUGUUGUUUAAUUGUACACGUGAUUCUUCUGUAGCUGCAUCCUAGCCACAGUUUGAGGCUUUUACUUGGCAGGAAAGGAAGUGAAGCGAUGAACUGUGAAUUAUGUUUGCUCUGAGUCGUCUUGUUUUUAAGUAUUUUGUGUGCUAUUAAAUCAAUCAGUGAUGACCUUA